AUGAUCGACCAAGCGAUUCGUUUCUGUCAAUUCUCUUUUUCAGUAAACAUAUACCUACUUAUCGGCUAUGUGGUGCUGAUACCUGCCCUUCUUUAUGUAUGCGCAACGGAGUAUGUCCGUUCCUCCGCCAGAAUCAAAGGACUCCCGGGACCAAGGGGCUUUCCUUUGGUUGGCAAUAUUCCCCAGAUACGAGUCAAUGCCGCUGAACAGUACCGCAAAUGGGCCCUCCAGUUCGGACCCGUUUAUCAGAUCAUGUUGGGCAAUGUCCCGGUUGUCGUUAUCAACAGUGCCAAAGCCGCGAAGGACAUUUUCAGCGCAAACUCGCAAGCACUGAGUUCGCGGCCAGAGUUCUACACAUUCCAUAAAAUCGUCAGCUCGACUGCGGGCUUAACAAUUGGCACCACUCCUUUCAGCGAGAGUCUUAAGCGGCGACGGAAGACAGCAGCAUCGGCUCUCAACAGACCGAGCGUCAUGACAUACACGCAGCAUAUUGAUAUUGAGUCACGGUCAUUUGUUAGAGAAUGUCUCGAGCAGGGCGCUGCUGGAAAGAAGGGAGUGGAUCCCAGAGCAAUGGCACAGAGACUGAGUCUAAGUCUUGCACUAACACUGAACUGGGGCAUCCGUGUGGAAAGUCAGGAUGACGAGCUGUUCGGUGAGAUAACACAUGUCGAGCAAGAACUUAGCGGCUUUCGCAGCACAACAGGAAACCUCCAAGACUACAUCCCGAUCCUGCGUUUAAACCCAUUCCACUUCGGUAACGCAAAAGCCAGAGAAAUGCGGAACCGACGAGAUAUUUAUUUAAACGAUGAUCUGGAAGCUCGUAUGGAAAAGGGUCUGGAUAAACCGUGCAUUCAGGCAAAUGUCCUUAGGGACAAAGACGCAAAACUGUCCCGUGAGGAAUUGAUUAGCAUUUCUCUGACGAUGUUGAAUGCCGGCUUGGACACAUUGGCAACGCUGCUGACAUGGAGUGUGGCAUUACUGGCCAGCAGACCCGACGUGCAGGAGGAAGCAUAUCGAGCAAUAAGGGAGGCGUAUGACCAGGAAAAAGCAGGGAUCCUUUGCGACGCUGAGGAUGAUCAGUCCAUCCCAUAUAUUGUGGCGAUGAUUCGGGAGUUCCUACGUUACUAUAGCGUGCUCAGACUCAACUUGCCCCGGGCCAGCGUCAAGGACAUAUUCUACAAUGGAGUGAGGAUUCCAGCGGGGAGCGUGUUUUUCCUCAAUGCCUGGGCCUGCAACAUGGACCCUGAGGUAUGGGGUGCAAAUGAUGCUUUCAUCUUCCGACCAGAGCGGUGGCUCGAACAGCCUGAUGCGCCCAUUUUCAGCUAUGGUGUAGGGUAUAGGAUGUGUGCUGGUAGUUUGCUGGCUAACAGGGAGAUGUAUACUAUCUUCCUGCGGCUAAUCAGUGCUUUCGAGAUCAAAGGAUCUCACCUAUGA